AUGAGCACAUAUGGGACAUUAUUGAAAGUUACAACAUUUGGUGAAAGUCAUGGAAAAGGAAUUGGAUGUGUAAUUGAUGGUUUUUUACCAAAUAUUACGAUAAAUUUUGAGGAAAUUCAAAAACAAUUAAAUAGAAGAAAACCAAACCAAUCUAAAUUAACAUCUAAUAGGAAUGAGCCAGAUAAGUUAAUUGUAUUAUCAGGUUUUGAUGAUAAUAAAACAUUGGGAACACCUAUUACAUUUCUAAUCGAAAAUGAAGAUGUAAAAAAAGAUCUAUAUUCUAAUUUUAUAAAUAUUCCACGCCCUGGUCAUGGCGAUUAUACAUAUUUUAUGAAAUAUAAUGUUAAAAAUAAAAGUGGAAGUAGUCGAUUUUCGGGUCGUGAAACUGCAACAAGAGUGGCAGCGGGAUCAUGUAUUGAACAAUGGCUAAAAAAUUAUUAUAAUAUUCAUAUAAUUUCUUAUGUAUAUUCUGUUGGAAAUAUAAAAAUACCUAAACUAGUUAAUGAAAUGUUUGAAAAUAAUCCACCAAGCAGAGAAAUAAUUGAUAAAUAUGGAUGUGUUAAAUAUAAUAAAGAUAAAAAAAUAUUUAUGGAUUAUUUUAAUAAUAUAUAUGAUUUGGAUGGAAUAUUAACAUCCUCUGAAAAAGAAGAAAAUAAUAUACAAUGUAAUAAUAAAACAAUUAUUAUACAUAACAAUGAAUGGAUAUCACUUCAAACAAGAUGUCCACAUCCCUAUACAGCUGUACAAAUAUGUUCAUGUAUUUUAAAAAUAAAAAAUAAAGGAGAUAGUAUAGGAGGAAUUGCUACUUGUGUUAUUCAAAAUAUUCCUAUUGGAAUUGGGGAACCCAUUUUUGAUAAAUUGGAGUCAGAGUUAGGAAAAGUUAUUUUAUCCAUACCGGCAAUAAAAGGUAUAGAAUUUGGAAGUGGUUUUAACGGGUCUUAUAUGUUAGGAUCUGAGCAUAAUGAUUUAUUUGCUCCAUUGGAAAAAAAUAAGACAAAAAAUAGUUAUUUAAAUGAAGAAAAUAAAUGUGUAAAUUCAAAUAUAAAUGAGAUAAAAGAGGAGCAUCAAUAUGAACAGGUUAAGAAAGAAUUAGAAAUUAAUAAUACAAAUGAUGAUAAAAAAAAAAAAAAAUUCUGUGAAAAUGAAUAUGAGGGAAAAAAUAUUUCAAACAAAUAUUGUACUAUGUCAAAUAAGCACAAAUUAUUAAUUACAAAAUCAAAUAACUGUGGUGGGAUUUUAGCUGGAAUUUCAACAGGGAAUAAUGUUAUUUUUAGAUCAGCAAUAAAACCAGUUUCGUCAAUACAAAUAGAAAAAGAAACAAGUGAUUUUGAAGGGGAAUUAUGUACCUUAAGAGUAAAAGGAAUGCAUGAUUGUUGCAUUUUGCCAAGAAUUCCCCCUGUAAUUGAAGCAUCGUCUUAUAUUGUGGUUGGGGAUAUGAUUUUACGACAGGUUUCUAAAUAUGGUGAUAAAAACCUUCCUUCUAUAAGUUCUUAUAUCAAAUAUAAUAAUGAUGAAAAUUAA